UCCAACACGACCAUGUGAUAAUACAUACGGCGGAUAUGAAAUCGUUCAAUAUCACAAUAUUGUAUGUGAUAUAUCAUCCAAUAGGUGCAUGGAAGACGAUGUUUACAAAAGUUUUAGAAAGAGAUGACACCAUAAUGAUGCCAAAUAUGAAGUGGGAAUCAUUCGAUGGUAAAAAUGUUUAUGUGUAAAGACACAGGUGUGUUACUGUCAUAUUAAAGGAAAUGAGGAGGCUUGGAUGACAGAAUGUACCCCGGAAUUCAUCAGAUGGAGUGUGAAGCCCAGCUAGGUCCGACUGGGAUGUCAACCCGUUGACCAUCACCUACAGCAAAAUGGAGCUGGCAUGGUGUGACGCUGCCUACAUAAUACUCAACUCACCUUUCAGAAACGACAAUAGAUAAUGUCAUCAAUCCCUCCUUUACACCUUGCAGCGAGUCGUGGAGACUUGAUUAAGGUACAGGAACUAGUACGUAAAGGUGCAGUACUAGAAACAAAGAGUGAUGAAGGUCUGACACCUGUAAUGCACUCAAUUCAUAACAACCACAAAGACGUGGCGAGCUACCUGGUCAAGCAAAUGACCGGUAAAGACCUGGCUGUCGAAGAUAUCUUCGGAUACAAUGUCCUUCAUUACCUGGCAAGGGAUGGUCGUCCCUUGGUUACAGCUAAUGAAAAUCGUCUGUGAAAAGUGCCCGGAAGCCAUACAGAAAGUGAACUACAAGGGGCGCCAACCAAUAGAUGUGGCGAGGGAAAUGUUGGAUGAUGACCCGCGGCAAAGUGAAUACAGAGAGAUCAUUCAGUGUCUUGAAACUCUUGCACAAUAUCAGGUCAAGAAAGGUAUUGCCGAGAAGAGUAUUCAAACCUGCAAUAUCACCAUUACUUUCAUCGGAAAUAAUGGAUCUGGGAAAACUUGCCUGCGGAAACAAUUAUCACGGGAAGAGUUUCCAAUCGAUGGUCCAGGAUCAACAAACCUAGUGGAAUUUUUGGCAAACUAUUUAGAUUGGGAUCCGCUCACAGGCACCCGCCAGAAACUAGGCGAGGGAGGCGAGGAGGAAACCGGAGUUGAACGUUUGAGGCGAAUAUUUAAGCGUUACAAUGCACAGCAAACUAGCAACACACUGGGUACUGGACAAAAUGAGAGCGCAACUGAAAGUUCAGAAGACAGCCAAUUACAGGACCAAAGGAGAGAUGUUUCCCCGAUACCUGAUAUGGAUGUAGACCACUCACAGCAGGAAUUGGUAGGCGAUAUUUUACAUCAGUAUGAUGACGACACCUACUGGUUCGAUACAGAAAUGGACGAUGACGUUCCGUACGAUGAUGAAUCAGAAGAGAACGAAUACGAGUAUGAAAACAAAGAGCUGGACAACCCCAAAGAAAAGGAAAGUGAUACGAUCAAGGGUUUUAUCACGCUUUAUGACUUUGGUGGGGAGAUAAUAUUCUACAAUACUCAUCACUGUUUCAUGUCUGGAGAUAUGGUAUUCAUCCUUGUUUUCAACGUGGCGAUGUGCAUCGACUCCGUGAAAGGAGAAAAGGAAAUAAAAAGCAUCGAAUCCUGGCUUUGCUCUGUAGGCACAUACGCGGUAGAUGACAGUGAUACUCAGAAAGGAAUACCUCCUAUCUUACUGGUAGGAUCUCAUCUAGACCAAGUUCCUGGAACAGAAGACGAAAAACUACAAGUGUUUGGAUCCAUUUUGGAUAAAUUAUACGAAAAUCGUCGAAUUCGGCAUAUAAUGGAAAAGCACGUUCAUGACAUGUUUCCAAUAUCAAACUUAAACGAUUCAACUCAACAAGAAGACAUCUACGAGAAGAUAUGGAAGAAAAUUUUUGAGAUCGCUCCAUUACAGUCUGAAUGGAAAACACUUGUUCCAGCGAGGUGGGUCGCUAUUGAACAAGAGCUUCUGAAAAGAAAAGGAAGAGGAGUGGACAUUAUGACCUACCAGGAUCUUAAAGAAUUAAACAAGACACUUUUAGUACCGCUUUCGGACGAAGAUGAUAUCAGAUGUUUUUUAAAGAAGUUACGAAUGACCGGAUCGAUGCUGGUUGUCAAUUUGUAUCACAAUCCAGUCAUUAUUCUAAAUCCAAACUUCAUCUUAGACGCACUGAAAUGCAUCAUCACAGAUCCUAAAUUUACGCGUGGAUUCAAAGAGCGACAGAGAUGGAAUGCUUUUGCGAAAUCUGGAAAAUUGCCCUUCUCUGACCUGCAUGUAUUAUGGAGCAACGAGACACCCAAGGAUUUCAGCAAGAAUCAGGAUAUCAUCAAAGUAGCGUUUGAAACAUUUGGACUUUUUGCUAAGCCCAUAACGGACGAAUUAAGUGUUGAUUACUACAUUGUCCCUUGUAUGCUUCUGGAAUCGGAUCCUGAAUCCUUACAGCCGCUGUUAUCUGAACCAGAUGUAAUCACAUCCUCGACAGUCUGCUUCAAAUUUGAAAAGGAAUUCAUUCCACAUGCCAUCUGGGACAAGGUAGUCGCCAGUUGCAUACAUAGAUUCCAUAGCAUGGAUGAGCCGGGACAGGAUCAAUCCAUUUUCAUACGCAGGAGGUUUGUCUGUCUAGCUGUCGACUACCUAUGGAAUAUGAUCCUCAACUGUAACGGAAAUGCAAUGAAGGUCACAAUGUUUAAGAGACACAGGGAUGAUGGGCUGCUCCAAGGUACUGGGAUACAAAUCAGAAAUGUUCUCGAGUACCUCCUUCGAAACGUUCUAGAACUGAAUCGGCAAAAUCAUUUAAAAUAUCACUUUUGCCUCCACAAUGACUACCGAUUCUCUCCAAAUGAUAAGAUGGUCAACAUACAGGAUCUCAAAUCUUCAAGUUUGUCAUGUUAUGGAGCAUCUGGCAGAGGAUGGAUUUCCCUCGAUGACUAUCAUUUCUGGUUUUUAAACACUGGAAUGCGCAGAAGACAUCAUCUCGACACUGCUGAGCGGCUCAUUACCGAGGGAAUUCCUGAUAGAAGACCGUCGCUGAAGGAGACUGGGCGAAUUGCUAAACUGAUCAGUGGAAGAGUAUAUCAAAUGUUCUUCACGGAACUCUUUCUCCGAAUGCACGUGCUAGACCAAAUCAUGGAGGAAACGCGAAACGUUUCAUUUCGAACAAGCAUCACAAAGGCCUUGCUUCAUGUUUUGAAUACACGGCAUGAAAUUGGUUUUGCUGAAAUAGCAUGUGCAAUGCAAAAGCAUGGCAUGCCAUAUGAUGAUCUAUCGAUGACUUUGGACACAGACCGUGUCGAUGUGUUUAGAGGUGUGGAUGUACCCAAUGAAGUCUUAAACAAGCUGAUCUCAACACUAAACCUGAAUGUCGUGGCCGAGCACAUUUGUGCAAAAUCCUGCUUCAACUUCUUCAUUGAGCUUGGCUUGGAUAACAAGGCAAUAGACAGAACAGAUGUUGACCAUGAUAAGGUUAAUGACAGAAUACGAGCUCUGCUUGACAAAUGGAGCCAAGAUGAUGGCGAAAAAGCUACAAUAAACAAACUUCUCUUAGCUAUGUUGGAGUGUGACAUGGAUACCAAAUCUCUCAAGGAUCAUGUAUUACGUACCUCUUAAAAGCCAUAUGAAGGAAUGCAGUUUAACCUAUUUCUUUUAACUUCUAUCAUAUCUAAGUAUGUCAGUAUAAGCCGUACACGUACUUAUUCAUAAAAAAACUGUAAAUGUUCGUUUUUAGCUGUUACCGUAUUUUAACGUAUUUUAUCUGAAUUGGAUUCUAUGACGAUAAUUGGUUUCUAUGGCGAUCAUUGGUUUCUAUGGCGACCAUUGCUGGUGCCCUAAUUUAUCAUAGCGCUAAUCUAUUUCAAUUAGGGUGUGUCAAAUUAAGUGCGUUUACAAAAGACAAGAUUGACAUUCAGGGUGAUAUUGAGGCAAUAAUGCGUGAUGGCAAUUUAAGAACUGGCUAUACUUUUUUGCCCCAUUGAUGAAUCAAAACUACCUUUCUUGACAUUGGAAACAGGCGUUUUCGAAAGUUCAUCAAUAUUUUCAAUUGCUUUGUGUGCUCAAGAUAAACAUAUUUUCAAAUCGAAUUAAACUCUUUCAGUACAGUACGGGAAAAUAAGACCGAAUGUUCUUAGGUAAAACUGAUAUUUUCGUCAACGACGAAAUCGCUUACUUAUCGUAAACAAUGUAUUUGUAACUAUUCUAGUUAUUUGAUUUUUUUUGGGAUAUUACCUAGACAACGGAGAAUGUAAAAUCAUUGUACCAUGAACAUAAAGAGCGAACAGAGUGAUUACUGAACUAUGCUAAAUAACAUUAUAUGAGGGGUUUGACAGGUAACUGCAUCCGGUACUAUUGUACCUGCGUACAUGAGUCUUGGAAUGAUCAUUUUAUAUCAUUGUAUCAUUCACGAGCAAUAUUGUAAAAGGCUAGCUCUAAUUUUACAAAAAUAUUUAUUGAUUUGUGCGAUCGAAAGAAUUAUGUUUCAUUUUAUUGUAUAAUCGCUUAUAUUAUUUGUUGCAUAUGGUUUGACAGUUUAUGUCAAAAGUGGUAUAAGGACUGUAUUAAAUGGACUGUACAUACAGAAUGCUGCAGGUUACUGAAUUUCAUGUUGGAAAUCACGAUGUUUCGAAUGAGUUAAUACUUUGUCAACAUCAAUAUGUAAAUACCGUUAAAAAACCUCCGACACCAUUACGUAAAGUUGGAGAGUGUUUGUAAUUAUCUGGAUCAUACAAGUUGAAAGAAUUUAAUGACUAUUUAAACAUCAUAGAUCAUGAUGAAUCAAUUAGUUGGCCGGUAACAAUCGUCAGUAGUUAUGGGGAUAGAAAUGAUAAAGCUUGCAGGUAUAUUCCUUUGAAAUUUGACAUCAUAGUGUAUGCAGAAAAGGAAACAUGAUAUAUUUCUUUACCCAAUAUUGACUUAUAACCGUUUUCUAUAUGCUCACCUAAAUUCUGAUUAUCGACAAGGAUUUCCGAUAUAAUAAGAUACGAAACAAUAAAAAAAUCAAUCAACCGAGGAAAAGAUUUCCAGUCGAACUGUCCGAUCUACGUUUUAGUCCAGCUUGUAAGAGUUAUCCCCCUGUGAGUGUUGGUACAGAUAAUUAGAUGUAUUCAAUACGUACACGUUGACUUGUUGAAUGACUCCUUUGUUGCGAUAAACUUGUUUAAAAAAAAAAAAAAAAAAAACCAAAAAAACACCCAAUAUUGGUUAUAGCAUUAUAAUGUAUUAUUUUAAUUAUCGUGGUCAGGUUAUGUUUUUAUUUUAUGAUUAUGAUUUUAUCUACUAGAUCUAAUUGUAGAUAAAGUUCCUCAGCUUAAAUAGAAUUCUCCGUAUAACCACUAAACAUUUACAGAAAACUGUGCUGACACAUAUAUUCAUGACAAUCAGCUCAUUAUUUUCUGAACAUACCGUACCCUCUCAAGUAGCAAGGUGCCGGCACGCUGUAAAACAAAGACAAACUUAAACACAGUUAGUCCGGACUUUACACAGGUAAACAAACCCGAAGACGAAUUAUCUGCAUUUUCAUUGGUCAAAAAUAGUAUGCAUCAAGGGAAGCUCCCUUGGCUAUUUUUAGCCGUGGUAACUGGAUUCUUAUAUCAACCUCGCGUGAAUACAUUUACAUUAUUUUCAGGUUAAUAUAAGAUUUUGUCAAAACAUCUGAGUGACCUUUAGACCAAACAGAGACAAGGGAAUACCAAAGUCAUAUAACAAUGAUAAAUAUUGAAAAGUUGAAAAUUAAAAAUCAACAUGAUUCCCUACAUUUCCGUUUGAAAAAAAAGUGUGGUGACUGAGUUCUAGAGUCAUCGUUUGAAAUAGUAUUAAGACACAAAUGGGCACAUUUCUCAUAACAGCCUGUUGCUUCAUUCAGUGUUAAGAGGGAUAUAUGCUGCAAUUUGUAGUAGUUAAAUAAUCGAUUUAUGAACAUUUUAAUGUUGGAAGUUGGAAGUGUAUCCGUUUGACAAAAAAAGCCAUUUCACCAAAGUUUGAUGGAAUGAAUCGUCUUGUUAAUCAGCCUCCGUAGUGCUGUUUCUGAUAAAUGCCACAGACAAUGUUGAUGAGCUAUACUUUAUACUGAAGUAAUUGUUUGAAAUAACAGGAAUACUCUAAGAUCUGAAUUUAUAACGCGGUAUCUAUAGCUAGACAGAAUUAAGAUAGAGCAAUAGAUUAACGCUGUAAAUCAAUUAGUCUGGUGUAACAAAAUGACUGACAGUAAAGAAGCAGAUAUAGCUUAGCUAACGAAAAAACGCUUUGCUUCCAUUUCUGAAGAAGGGUUGAAAACUAUUUUGGAUGAUAAGGAUUCAAAGAACACAAAGAGAUCGACUGAAUCAGCAGUUAAAGCUAUAAAUGAUUAUCUACAGGAAAAGGGUUGUGUUUAUUAAGUGCUGCAUUUCAUUUCUAACACAUUGUCGAUGAACUUUUCCUAUAACAAAACAAUUAUUUAUAUUUUAGGUUAAUACGAGGAUUUGUCUACCUUCGAAAAGCUGAUAUUUCACCUUUCUCAGGUUGGGAAAUCCUCGUUUUAACAUGAAAAAGGUAAAUAAUUGUAUAGUGUGAAAUGGUUUCUUGUAAGUUAUGUAUCUCGUAUGUGUGUCAAUAAAAGUGUUAAUUUUGUACCUUACCUCUUACAGUAAUAAGUUACAUAGUAAUAUAUAUAUCCAGAUGUCAGAUUGUUGCAAGUAAGUCUUCCGUACUAAGGUACCAGGUUGAGUAUGCUAUCAAUCAAAAUCUACCGUCAGGGUAACAAUGCUACCAUAUGUUAAUUCGAAGUUUAGACCACGUGACCAUCACAUUAUUGUGUUAUGUUUUUUUCCAAUAAUAUUUUUUGAAAUCUUUAUAGUAACUUGCAUUUUGUUCUCUCCUCUACUUAAUAUUCCCUAUGGCAUGGGCCAUAUUUGUAUCUGUUUUUACAGCCAGCCUCAUGGCUUUGUCAAUAGUCUUUGUAGUGAAUUUUUAACGUGCCUCAUUCUAAAUGCAUUAUUUGUAUAUGUGAAUGAUAACAUAUGAAGUUUUUCUUUUAUGUAGGAGCUAUGUUAAUAUGUGAUUUUGAAAGUUUUAUGUUGACAAUGAUAUGUUCUUCUUUAGUAAAAAUAUGAUGUAAAUUUGGUAUCAUUAUAUCAAUUGACUGUAUUGACUACUUAAAACAAAUAUUGUAUUAUCAAUGCUUGCAAUAAUUGAUGUGUAUUAAAGCAACAACGGGUUUAUCAAAUGCAUCUACAUUGUGUUUUGCUAACACUAACACUGCCCUUAUUGAUAAUCCACUGGAACCCCAUUUUAAGCAUGACCUUAACUUGACCUCGAUGAAUUUAGCAGUAACGAAUGUUCUAUUAUCACAUUCUUGUUAUACACGUAUACAGAUGACAAACAGGGUUUCAAUCAGUAGAUACGAUCAUUACCUGAUUGAAAAUUAAUUCUAUUCUUAAAAAGAAAUUUUAACACAAAAAUGAAUUAGGUUCAUUGGUUUGUCGGAAGUUAAAUACAUUGUUAUUAUGUGGUAAAUUGAUUUACUGUUCAAAUAAAAAUACGAGAUGUCAAAUGACUCAACGAUACUGAGCACUGACAUCGUUCAAAUACACUUUCUGUAGACGU